UUGGUAGCGUCAGUUCUACCACUUGCUUCAUUAGGAAAAGGGGAAAGAUGUGGGAAGCCUUCUUAGCCAUUCUCACUGUGUCUUUGGCAACAGGUGCUACCCCAGAACAGCUCUGUACGUAUGAUGAUGUCAUUCACUACUUGAAUAUCUCUUAUGAAAAGGCACCCAUGCUACAUACAAUACCCAAGAAAAAUUGGAAAGAGCCGUUGAAAGUGGAGAUAGAAUUUUUAUUGUUUUCCAUCCUCUCAGUGGUUGAAAAGCUACAGACUGUCACUGUCUAUUUCUUGGUGACCAUGAAGUGGGAAAAUGUCUUUGCAACAUGGAAUCCUCAGGAGUUCUGUAACAUUUCCAAACUCAUUCUGCCAGUGGAUACAUUGUGGUCCCCAUAUAUCGGCAUUUAUGAACAAGUGGAUGAAGAGAAAACACUGAGCAGGUCCUUUCUGAACAUCAUUCACAAUGGCACCAUUCAUACAACCCAGCAGCACCGUGUCACCAUAGCAUGCAACUUGGAGAUGAACAAGUUUCCAUUUGAUACCCAGAUGUGCCAGAUAACCAUCUUCCCAUUUAUGAAUUCAGGGGACAUCAUACUCCUGUCCAAUCAGACAACAGAGGUUGUGACUAAGCAAAGCAAACUUUAUCUCCUCACCAGUGGGGAAUGGAAGUUCAUAAAGCUAAAUAUUAUAUCAUAUGAAGAGUUAGUGGGGGAAGAAGAUUGGAUUUCUGUGAUCACCUAUGAGAUCUCCAUGAAGAGACGACCCAUUUUAUACGUUUUGAACCUUAUCUUCCCAACAAGUGCGCUCUACUUAAUGGAUAUGGCUAUUUUGUUCAGCUCCGGCUCCUAUGGAGACAAGAUCAGCUUCCAGCUGUCACUCAUCGUUGGAGAGUCAGUGUUAGCUGUGAUUCUUGAGAACAUUAUUCCCACUUCUUCUGAUGACCCACCCGUAAUAGUGAUGUUUUUCAUAGGUGUCUUUGUCCUAAUGUUUUUGGGUAUAUUGGAGACCUGCUUUUUAAUGCAACUGAAGGCGAAACCCCUACACCCUUUACGCAAGGCUAUUAGACUGCUUAAAUGCGCCAUGCAACCUAGAACAACAUCCAGAGACCUCCUAAGCAAACAAGGAGACUCGCUGACUGAGAUGGUCAUGGGAGAACAGGAGAGCAGAGAUUCAGACCCACUUGGAAAGGGAAAUACAGAACCACCCAUGCUUGUGGGAAGAAUCGAUGCAGACAGGCAAGGAACUGGCAAGCAGGCGGAACCACAGGCGUGCGAGUCUGAUCUGCACAUUCUGGAAAAGUUGUUUUUCUGCAGUCAUUUGCUCUUAUCUCUGCUCUUUUUCAUAUUUAUUACUAUACGGUGGAGCAGUUAAACAUGGGCUAAUUGCCGUUUCUAAUACUUCCUUGUCUCAGCCUCCGAACCAGGUUUUGCUGAUUCUUAUGCUUGAAUUAAACGAUUUGCUGCAUGUCUGAAUAAAGGAAUAAGGUCAA